AUGGCAGAGCAUGAGGGCAUCUCCUGCUGCCAGGGGCUGGGAUUGAGCUCCCUCUCCAUGUCCUGCAGGUCUGCGUUGGGCCGCAAAGCCGCCUUCUCCACGCUCUCCAUCCUGGUGGCCCUGCUGAUCGCCGGCCAGGCUGUCACCGUCUACUUCGUCUACCAGCAGAGCGGGCAGAUCAGCAAACUGACCAAGACCUCCCAGACCCUGCAGCUGGAGGCACUGCAGAGGAAGCUGCCUGCCAGUGCCAAACCGGUGAACAAGAGGAAGAUGGUCAUGGUGAGCACCCCCCUGACCAUGGGGGUCCUGUCUCAUCUCUCCUCUACAGACAUGCCCCCACGCUCACGCUACCCCUUUGCCUUUUCUCUUAAGGACAUGGCCCCCCCUAGCAACAAAACUGAGGACCAAGUGAAGCAUCUGCUGCUGCAAACAGACCCCAGGAAGCAGUUCCCGGAGCUGAAGGACAACCUGAUGGGCAACCUGAAGAACCUGAAGAAAACCAUGACGGCUGCGGACUGGAAGGCCUUUGAAUCCUGGAUGCACAAGUGGCUGCUGUUUGAAAUGGCCAAGAAGCCCAAGGAGGACCAUAAGAUCCCGGCAGAGAAAGUGCAAACUAAGUGCCAGGCAGAGGCCAAUUCUGGGGGUGUCUGGCCGGGUCGCUUCCACCCGCAGUGCGAUGAGAACGGUGACUACCUGCCCAAGCAGUGCGAUGCCGCCACGGGCUACUGCUGGUGCUCCUACAAAAAUGGCACCAAGAUUGAGGGCACUGCGACUCGGGAAAAGCUGGACUGCCCCGAUGCUGACGCCACCAUCACAGAGCCAGAGGAGAUGAUCUUCUCCGGGGUGGACAUGCCCAAGCUGAGCGCGGAGAAAGCCAAGUAG